AUGGCAUUCAAGUCCAAAUGUGACUCCAUCAAUACCCCCACCUACCUUGCAUCCUUGGAGCGUAUCCUUAUAUCUUCUGAUACUAUUCUAAGUCUUCCCUCCGGAACAGCCAUUGGACGCUGUAACAUGGGCUCUAGCUUUCGGGCCUGCAAUCCUGAUCCUGAUGUCAUGGAAAUCUUUCAGCAGAAACACUAUGUCAUCUGCUUGGACAAAAAAAGCUCUUUGUGUUUCGGAACAAAACCCCACUUUCAUAUCCUCCUGAAGGAUAGCUAUAAUUCUGCAGAUCAAUUACAUGCUUGGAUCCUUGCCUGUGAAGUAACAAGACUUUUUGCUUCUAUGAAGACAAGAAAGAUUGGGUUGAAAACCUUGAUGCAGGAAGUUUUGACUACUUUCAAUGAGGAUUAUUUAUCCUUUUUAGAGGAUUUGCACAAGAAUGGCUGGAUCACUGUAACUGUGACAGCAGAUGAAUCAACUACCAAGGAGAACAGUGAAUAUCAACCACCACCUCUUCUUCCUGGCUCAAAAAUCAUAUCUUUUACUUCUGGUGCUCCCAGAAAUGUGAUGAUUAGUUUUUCCAGUAC